GGCAGGCUGCCGACACAGAUGGAUCCUGUGGCCAACAGCUGCAUGAGGAGCCCCCAGCCCCCGGCCCCUAUCUGGGGCUGCCUUCGAAAUCCCCACUCGGAAGGCAAUGGGACCUUGGGGCUCCCCCACUACCCUCCAACCCCAUUCUCCUUCCACCAGAAACCAGACUUCCCGGCGACGGCGACAACAGCGUACCCUGACUUCUCGGCCUCCUGUCUAGCAGCCACACCACACAGCCUGCCCCGGGAGGAGCGUGUCUUCACUGAGCAGCACCCCGCCUUCCCACAGCCCCCUGAAUGGCACUUCCCUGUCACAGAGGCCCGGCGCAGGCUCAAUCCGGGCCCAGCUGGGGGCUCGCGGGAGAUGGGGGCCAGCAGCCCAGGCUUGGUGGAUGCCCUGGGAGGCCCAUGUGAGGACUACGGGGUUCUUGGGAGCACUGCCAAUGAGACGGAGAAGAAGUCAACCCGACGGAAAAAGGAGAGUUCAGACAACCAGGAGAACCGAGGGAAAUUGGAGGGUGGCAGCAAGGCCCGCAAGGAGCGGACAGCCUUCACCAAAGAGCAGCUGCGGGAGCUGGAGGCCGAGUUUGCGCACCACAACUACCUGACGAGGCUCCGGAGAUACGAGAUCGCGGUGAACCUGGACCUCUCUGAGCGGCAGGUCAAAGUGUGGUUCCAGAACCGGAGGAUGAAAUGGAAGCGUGUGAAAGGGGGUCAGCCCAUCUCCCCGCAUGGGCAGGACCCUGAGGAUGGGGACUCUGCAGCCUCUCCAAGUUCAGAGUGAGAUCACCCAUGGAGACAAAAAGACUGAGGACUGAGCUUCAUACCC